CAGCCCAGCCCCAGAGUAUUCUGAUGAUGAAGUGGCGGAGACUGUGCUGGUCCCUCACCUGCUUCCUCACUCUACUCAGCGGGCAUCAGUCGUCCUCCCUGUCCUGCCAGGACUCCGAGUACCAGACAGAGGCGGGAGAUUGUGCUGUGUGCCCCGAGUGCCCACCGGGAGAGGAGCCCAAUCAGGAAUGUGGUUCUGGACUGGGACUGGGUACCGUGUGCCGUGCCUGCAGGCCGGGCACCUUUUCGACCAGCCUGGGACGAAGCCCCUGCCUGCCCCACGCUGGCUGUGCCCGGCUGAGGAGGGUCGAGGUGCGGGUGGGGACCACAACCAUCGAUGCUCAGUGCGGUGGCUGCAUUUCAGGGUUUUAUGACCCCAGAAGGCACCCAGACACUGAGUGCAGGCCUUGUUCUCGGGCACCAAUGGGCACACCUGGCUGUGGGGAGCCCAGCCUGGGGCGUGGGGGCCGGCAGCGCCGUAAUGUGGAGGCCGGCAUGGGGCCCGAGGUCCGCCCCUCAGAGAACGGCACCCAAGCAGAGGUUCCUGAGGAAGCCGCAGCCCAGUACGCUGUCAUCGCCAUCGUCCCCAUCUUCUGCCUGAUGGGUCUGCUGGGGAUUCUGCUCUGCAAUCUUCUCAAGAAGAAGGGCUAUCACUGCACAGCCCACAAGGACGGCGGGGAAGAGGCUGGGCUUGAGGGCAAGAACGGGGCCAACCCUGCGUACCGAAUGGAUGACCCCAACGAGGACACCAUUGGGGUCUUAGUCCGGCUGAUCACAGAGAAGAAAGAGAAUGCGGCCGCCCUGGAGGAGCUGCUGAAAGAAUACCACAGCAAACAGCUUGUGCAGACCAGCUACAAACCUUUGCCCAAGCUGACACAGGGCCCUCCACCCAUACCGCACAUCUGCCAGCACCAGCACCACCUGCACACAGUGCAAGGCCUGGCCUCCCACUCCGGGUCCAGCUGCUCACGCUGCAGCCAGAGGAAGUGGCCCGAGGUCCUGCUGUCCCCCGAGGCAGCUGCAGCCUCCGCUCCCACACCCAGUGCAUUGCCACCCCGAGGUGGCAGCAGCAAGCCCCCUCCUAAGGGGAGCCGCCCAGGGGAGAUCACCAUCCUCUCCGUGGGCAGGUUCCGUGUGGCCCGAAUCCCUGAGCAGCGGCCAAGCCCACCACCCCCAGAGGUGAAAACCAUCUCAGAAACCAGUGAGGAGGGGGAGGCGGCUGAAGCUCCUCCACCUGGGCUCCCCCCUGAGAACAGGGCCCUUCUGGGCAGUGGUGGAGGGAGACCCAAAUGGCUGAAGACCCCAGCAUCUGGGGCAACAGAGGGCAAAUCAGAGGAAAAUCGAUACGUGGUCAGACUGAGUGAGUCCAACUUGGUCAUCUGAAGGUGCCCUUAUGAUCUGCUCAGGCCCAGGGCCCUGUGAGACAUUGGAGCCUGGGAGUUGGCAGCAACCAGAGGCCCCGGGGGGCUGUCCUCCAGGCCCCUACACCCUGGGCAGCCCCAGUGAGCUCUGGGAAGUGGGCAGUGGCAGGGGAGAGAGCUCACUUAAGCCUGAGCUACCACAGGCAGCUUAUUUUAAAGGAAAAGAGGAUCUUGUCCAGGGAAGAGAGGGAAGGAGAUGGCCAUACUUGAUGAGGAGUGGGCUGCCCUGUCUCCUUACCCUGUUCCUGCCCCCCCACCCCCCAUCCCAGCAUCUUCUCCAUGCUAGCAGCAAGUCCCUUCCUGGUCAUCUGGUCUUUCCCUUGCUCUGGACAGGACACCCAACCCAGCUUCCUGGGUCCUCAAAGAUGACAUAAUUCACACCCAAGUGGGGAUCUCCUGCCCAAUGCUUCAUAGAUGGGACAUCUAGCCCCAAGUAAGGGUCCCUUCCCUGGUGACCCAUAGAUAGGAUCUAUCUAUCCAUCCAUCCCCAUGCAGGGGUUUCCAGGAAAAGCAAAGGGCUCAGCCACAUCUUCAUCUCCCCUAUACUUCAUCUUAUCACUCCUUGGCCCAGGAAGUGGCAGUCAGGAAAUAUAGGGGGAAGAAUAAAUGGUGGGGGUCCACUGUCACAGGAUGUUAGAGCUAGGAUCAUCAAAUCCAGUCACUGGGUAAGUGAGAAGAUGGGCCCAGAGAGAAGAAAUCUUCCAAAGGUCACAGUGAGUUUGGCAGAGCCAGGACCAGAACUUGGGUCUCCUGACUCCCCGGCCAAAGGCCCUUUCCAUUGCCCUAUAGUCAUGGGGAAAGAGGUCCUACCCACCAUGCCUCCUCUUCCCUCCCCCAUCCCCCCACUCCCCAGCACCUGGUCUUAGUCUUCAAGAUGGGGCUUGUCCAUGGGAAGAGAUUUUGGUGGGGUUUAGAUGGGAGAUCUGAGGAGAAGGGACUUAGCGUUUGGGCUCACAUCCCAAACUCUGAUCCUUUACCUCUCUGUUCCUCAGUUUCCCCACCUGUAAAAUGAGAGGUUUCUUCCAGUUCUAAGUCUCUGAUCCUAUGACCACUCCCGGCCAUGGGGCUUGUGGUAGAAGUCUAGUUUAGUCCCUGAGGCUGCUGGGAGGGGAGGCAGCCACGGAGCAGAAGGAACUCUCAGGAGACCUGGGUUCUGGGUCCGGUUUUGCCUCCCUUAAUUUGUGUGGGCCUGUUUACUCCUGUGAAAUGAAGGGCUGGACUUGGUGGUUUUUAAAAAGACCCCUCCAGCUUUGACAUUUUGAACCUAACCCGCUGUCUGUCCACAUCAUACAUUUUACCUCUGAGCUCCCAUUUGCCAACUCCUGCUCUGCUCACUGAGCCACAAACCCCCACCCAUAUCUGGAAAGGAAAAAAUGUGACUUAGGGUGGCACUUGAGAGGUUUCCCCUGCAUUUCCCUUGGAAGGCGACCCCUCAUUGUUCCUAGUAGGACCCACAAUGCCCACUCUCCCCAGUAGAGCAGGCAGAGGUUUGCUUCUCUCUGCUUGGGGGCAGGGGCAAUUUGGGGUCCAUACGGUAUAGCUCAGCUCCCUCCCCUUCCUCUCCCUCAAGGGGGAUCAAUAGCUCUAUUAGAUUCCCCAGCUCGCUGCUCUUCCCCCUACUCCCCACCAACCCAACCCAGGGCCUUGCUUCUGCACGAGGAAGGGGGGUGCCUUAAUGCAUGUCAAGCAGCCCCCUCCACCCCGCCCCCCAGGGGUGAAUGGCUGUUUUUAAAUUUAAAAACCAAACUUGUUCUGUGUUGUCAGCUGUAGUUUGGGGGCCCCUGUCCUACCAUGGCCCAUUUUCUCCUCCCUUCCCCUAAAAUAAGUGCUUUAGAAUCCCCAUGGCUCAAAGCCCUGGCCAGUGCAGUCGUAAGGGAAGAUGUGGGCUCUAGGUGCUGACCACCCCAGUUAUGACACCCCUGGCUACACCUUGUCAACUUUCCCUGGGCCCCUGACUUGCUUUCUCUCUGUCCAGUUUGAUCUGUUGUGUUCUCUGUUUGCUCCCAGGAGAGAAGUAUGGGUGAUCCAGGCAGCGUCUGGCACCCAUCCGUCCCGUCUAUUUAUGUGGGUGCUGUGCGGGUCACGGCCCCUGCUGUCACCUCCCCUCCCCUGGUGGGGGGUUGGGCCCUGAAGUUUGGUAACUCUUAUUUAUUGAAUUUGAGUCUUUCCUGUCUCCUGUCUACCCCUCUUACGCAUCCUCAUCCCCAGUUUCUUUAAGUUGGAUAAUAAAAAUAUUAGAAAGUG